AUGUACGCGAUCAAGCUCAAGUCAGACACCGAGAACCAGCGUUGUAUCAACGAUCACGUGGGUCACAACACGAAAUCAUGGCCCGACAUCGACUGUCUCACGGAGCCGGACAUGUGCCGUACGAGAGAGACAGAAGUGCCCGAGGAAUGCGACAUUUUCUGCUGCAACGAACAAGACGUCGAUUUCAUCUGCCACGCUGUUGCUUAUUCGAUGAGCAAGGGAAUGUGCAGAAUGUACGGCUUCAGGAUGGAGGAUUAUGAUCAAGUGGCGAAGGAGCGCGGCCUUGUCGCGAAGAAUGGAAAAGGAGAUGACUGGAUGUAUUUUUACAGAAAAUGGGACAGUCAGCUCCAUGACAUUAUCAAUUUAACGAUGAAAGAGGAGAGCGAAGACAUCAAGACUUUCAUGCGGCUCGAUUGGAUGGAUGUCUACAAGGCCGAUUGCUACAUCGUUGAUUUUGAAGGUGAAAACAUGGAGGAGAAAAAAGUUAUCCCGAACAUCAUGUCGAGCGAAAUUGAAUUCAACACGAGAAUUCUGCCUUAUAAUUCUCGGUUGAAUAUGUCAAUUACGGCUGGAAACGACAAAACUAACAGUGCUCCUCACAUUGUGGAACUUUUGACCCGCCCUCCUCCGAUUGACAACCUGACCAUCAUCGCCUCAGACGUGGAUGUUGAUUACUCGUGGAAAACUGUGGAAGGCUCUGAAUCAUUCACGAUCAAAGUCAUCGAGCUAGAAACAGGUGCUGAAAUUGCAGCAUCUCAGGAGACAAAAGACUUCAAUUUCAACCACGCUGUCAAGCCAGUUACUGGAUAUCAAAUAUUCAUCCACUCAAACGCGAUCGACUUCUACGGCAAUGCAACGGAGGGUACAACUCGCGAAAUGACAUUCUAUUCCGAGUUCCCCAAGAUUAAAAAAGUCAGCAUCGAUGCUGUUGAUUGUGACGAAGUGAGAUUUUCGUGGGAAGAUGUCGGCUACGGCGCAAAAUACAAAGUACAAGUCUACGACCUCGACAAUGGGCAAAGCGUUUUCCUUGAAGAUGUUGAUGGAACAAAUGCACGAGUCACCGGUCUUGAGAACGCAAGAAAGUACCAAACAAUCGUUUACGCUUUUGAUGAAAACACGAGAGGUGAUCCAGCGGAGAUAGUUUUUAUCAGUGAACUCUGCAAGGCUGAGGAUCUCUUCUCACCGAACCAAGAAGAUACUGCUUUCGAACUAUCUUGGAACCCAGUAGUACUCGCUCAAAAAUACAAGAUCAAGAUCGAACCCUCUCCUGCCGAUGGUCUCACGAGUAGAUAUGUUCAAUCAGCUGCAGCUUACAUCGAAGCUCUCACUCCCGGAAUUCAAUACAAAGUCUCGAUCACUGCGAUCAUGAAACGAACCGACAAAGUUGAAAUUAUCUCAAAAGAGGCGCUUCUUUUCCAAUAUACAAAACUUCUUGCUCCAGAAGAUCUCUGCAUCCCAAAUAAGAACCUUCAUAAUUCAAGUGCUACGCUCACGUGGACGAUUAUGGAAGGCGCUGAUCUUUACUACCUGGCCCUCGCUACCUGUCGACCCGUGAACAACUUUCUCAUUCGCCCCGGAUUCUACCGCUCUAAGGGGCAAAACUGCCCCAGAUGGCGAUCAGAAGGGGUGAAAAAAUGCGAAAUAAAAUCGGACUGGGACCAAGGAUCAAAAUAUCUGAUGCAGAAUAUUUCCAAAAAUGCGGUAGACAAGCACGAGCAAAUUUUUCAGCUGACGGCGGAUAGCAAAAUGACACUAGACGGACUUGAGCCAGGAACAAUCUACAUGUUCUGGCUUGGAGGAGUCAACAAACAAACUUAUUCGGAAAGAGCGGAAAUGACCUUUAUCACUCGAUUGAAGACAACUGAACUGGCUGAGUUCUUCGAUGUAACGCAUGAUUCUGUGAAGGUAAAAUGGAAACUGGUUAACAAAGCGGACAGAUACUCAAUCAUCGUCACCCACGAUAUUGCAAGACGAAAGCGAGUCCAGCGAUUGACGACCAAAUCCGACUCAACGGACAUAAUUGAUCUUCAUCCAAACUCUCCGUAUCUCAUAGAAGUCAUUGCCGAGAACAAAAUCUCUUUUUCGUGGCCGUUUCCACUAAAAAUGCGAACAAAACUGGCGCCGACAAAGAUUCUCUCUCCUUUCAAACCACCACGAGGAGAUGAAACCGGUGACGAUUAUUUUGACAUUCAAUGGACACCAGUAGAAGGCGCUGAAAGCUACGAAAUCGAAAUAACUGAUGACCUGGAUCAUGAUAGAAAGCGCCGAGAAGGAGAUCAUAGUUCUGAUCGACCACCUUUCCAUCUGACUCACCGAGUCCGACCAAAGAAUCUCGAAGAGCAUCAGUUCUUUGCUGCGGGCAUGAAUCAUAAUACUGAGCAUGAAAUAAAGAUCACAGCUCACAAUCGUUUCACGGAUGGAUCAGUUACGACCGAGCGCUUCUUCACUCGGCCGCACACUCCCGAAAACUUCCGAACUGUCGAAGUCUACGAUGAUCUUGUCAGAGUUGCGUGGGACGCCUGCGAGGGAAUUUGGGAUUAUGACAUCAAUGUCUACGAUGACAAUAAUCACGUGGCGAAGGUCGUUCUUCAUAACAAAACUGAACAUGAAUUUAAAGAGUUGAUUCCCAACCAUCAUUAUAUUUUCGUCAUCCGUGCUUAUGGGCACGUCGUUUCUCAUCCGGCAACGAUCAAGAUCUUCACAAAGAUCCAAGGAGUCGAUUAUUUAACGAUGACAGAAGUUUACGAUGAUACAAUGAAAUUGGAUUGGAAAGAAGCGAAUGGAGCGAGCCAUUAUCUUGUGUAUUUCAGCCAUCAAGAAGACCCCGAAGAACGCGUUGAACGAACAGAAACAAGUGACGUGACUCUGACGGAUCUGACACCAAAUUCGAUUUACACCAUCAAAGUCGUCGGUAUGAAUGCAAAUACAGAGGGAAUGCCAAUGUUCACGACUGUUAUUACAAAACUUGGAUAUAUCAAGAAACUGCGUCAGGACAUACCGGCGUCGACGGAUAAAACAAUAAUGAUGCGCUGGCUUCAAGUUCCCAAUGCGGAUCAUUUCAUCCUGAAAGUCACAAGCAAACGGACAAACAAGCGUAUCCAAGUGCACAAGAUUCCUGCAAAGGACUCUUCUCUUCUCAUUCGCGAUCUUCGACCGGCAACUAUCUAUGUGAUCGAGAUUCAGGCGUUUUCUGAUAUUUCUGACUCCUAUCCUACGGAUUUCAGCCCGCAAACUAAAAUCACGCCAAUCAAGGGAUUCUCUGUUGAUUUCACCUCAGACAUCCUUCUUCGAUUGAUCUGGAAUUCAUUCACUGAUAACACCUAUCACAUCGCAGGAGACGGAAGAUACUGGAAAAUUGACACGAAUGACUUCCAAUGGAUCCCCGACUUGGUCGCCGAUACAAAUUACAACUUCACAAUUUGGGCAACCAAGGACAUCUACUACUCUGACAACACGACUCUCACUGCUCUGACGCACAUGUCCGCACCGACUGUAAAUGUCGACUCACGGACUCAUACAGUGAUCAAAAUCAGCUGGACACAAGUACCUCGUGCAGACCAAUAUCGUAUUCAAUACGUCGACACGCCGACAUUCAAAAAAAUCGUCGAUUCUGGCCGCGAGAAGACUUUCCGAAUGCGCUAUCUUCUCUCUGAAGAUCAAAAUAUCAGAGUUCGAAAUCUCGAUCCGUACACUGAAUAUCUUUUCUUUGUCCGAGCAGAACGGGGUCAGCAAAUUGGUGAGAAUGGAACUGUCACUGAUUACACCAGACUUUCACCAACUCAAGCGAUUGAAAUCAAGUCAAGAACAGAUAAGACCUCCCAGUUGAGUUGGGCCUCUGUUAACGGAGCAAAAGGGUACACGAUUAAAUACCAAGCCCAAGAGCCCGUUCAAAAUGAAGAACUUUCAAUUUAUGUCGAGCAGACUAAAGAAAAGCUGGUCAAUUUGCUCCCUGGAUCGACCUACAAACUCGUCAUCAUUGCUGAAGCGCCAGAAACAAGUGGCCAGCCGGCAAACGAUGAGUUCGACACCUUCCUUGAAGCUCCUGAGCAAGUCACUACAAAGAUCUAUGACACUUACACUAAAACAAUCUGCUGGAACCCAGUUUUUAUGGCUGAAGGAUACACGAUGAAUUACGCAUCGAUUGAGCCAGAAGACAAAGUUUCUCGGGCAAAGGACUUUACCGAUUUUGUAGAAGGAAGUGAGACCUGUGGAUACAUCGACGACCUUCUUCCGGGUUUAAAAUAUCAAAUAUCAAUUUGGGGCUGGAAUCAGCGAUAUGACGGAAUGAAAUCAAAAUACAAGUCGGCGACAUUGUUGGAAGCGCCGGAAGACUUUGAAGUGAAUUUCUACAACAACACUCAAAUUGAAGUGGUUUUUGCGCCCGUGACUCGUGCUCUUCGAUACGAGCUGGCUCAUGCAAAGAUUAAUUCUUCCGAUUGGGUCAUCGACGGAGAAACAUCAGACCUCAAAUUCCCCAUCAACUCUCUGACUCCAUUCACCGAAUACGACAUAAAAAUCAACCCGAUCAACAAAGUCACUCGAGGUUACGAAUCGAAACUGGCUCACUGGAGCAAGCUUAAUCCAAUUUCCAACUUCCAGCGAAUAAAACUGACUCCUAACCAAGUCACAUUGAAAUGGGAUCCAGUCGAACACGCAGUAAAAUACAGGGUUUUCUAUGUCUCCGAAGUUUCUAAUUUGACCCUCCAAGAAACUGAUUAUGCUGGAAUCAUCAUCACUGGGCUUGAAGAAACAACUCUUUACAAUAUUUCCGUUGAACCAGUUGCUGAAAACGAAGUUCCCGGUGUAAUGACUCUUUAUCCGGUCAUUACUGAAGCAAAGACAGUUGAAGAUCUAGUCAUUGAAGACAUCGAGCCCUGGCGAAUGAUUUUGACAUGGACUGGAACUGAAAAAGCUAUUGCUUACGAAGUGCACGUCAACUCGACUGAGUAUUCCUACAUCAUGCGAGUUCGAACAAACCGCGCUUUUAUCCGUCAAUUAGAGCCUGGAAUCAAACAAAAUUUCAAAGUCUAUGUCAUCACGAGAAUCUCACGCUCUCAGCCCGUCCCCGUCGCUGGAUUCACUACACUUCCUCUGCCGGAUUCCGCUCGAGUUACCAAAAUCACCCAUUCGAAAGUCAUGACAAAAUGGAACGCUGCUCUAGAAGAUUGGGCCCCGGCUUUCGACGAUCUGUACUAUCGAUGUGUUUUGAUCAAGGACUACUCAAACGAGACCGUGGUGAACACGACAACGACGGAACUUGGAUUUGAUUUCACGAAUCUAGAGUUGAACACUCGAUAUACCAUCAUUCUCAGCUCCGAGAGUCCUGACACAUCAUCAGAUGAGCGAAUUAUUGAAAUCAGAACACUUUUGCCGGAUUCACCAGAUUUGGACAUGAAUGAAAUCAACGAUGACAACGUUGUUUUGACAUGGAAUAAAACUGUUGGCUUGAACUACGCUGUCUAUGUAAAACCCUUAACAUGCCCGGCUGACAAAGUUGUUAUUUGCGACAUCGCAGAGACGGAAAAUGUCGUGGUGGAAGGACUUGUACCUGCUUGCCUCUAUGAUCUGGUCAUUUAUGGACAGAUUUGUCCAAAAGAUAGAAAACUGACCAUUGAAGAUGAUCGAAAACGAAUCGCGAAUCAGAUGUUUUAUACAAAACUCGAGUCUGUUACCGAUAUCGAAAUCAUAGAAGAGGAUCGUAUUGCCAAUUUCAGCUGGUCACGUGUCCCAGAAACAAGUUUUUAUGUAAUUCAGUGGACGUCGCCGGAACUAAUUUCCGAAAAUGUGACAAAAACCAGCGAAGAUGAACGAAUAGUCGCACAAAAUCUUCAGCCGAAUACGCUUUACGAAGGAUCCAUUUGGGGAACAAAUCCAGAUACAAAGUCGAAUCCUGCUCCAUUCUCACUUCAUACAAAAAUGACAAGAGUAAAUGCGACUUUGAGACAAUCCGGGCCUGAUUUCUUGGAAUACGCAUGGGACAAAGUAAACGGAGCAGAGCGAUAUGAUUUCAAUGGCAUGCCUCAGUUCCCGGGAGAGGAUCCUUUUGCUAAAUCAACAACAUCAACUUCAAUCAAAUUCGAUCAACUCAUUGAUGGAUCCUUAUAUCUCAUUGAAGCAGAAGCUGUCAACGAAGACACAACAUCUGUUCUUUCGCAGUAUUACGUUUGGACACGUCUUUAUGAGCCGGAUGUUGUAAUCUCAAAUGUUGAGGACACUUCCCUCGUUCUCUCUGUAGAGCACGUCGAUAAAGCGACCAGAAUUGUCGGAAAAAUAAACGAUGCGCCAAUAGACUUUCCAUUGAACUCAAGUUCAAUGCAAUCUGUGAAGAUUCAAGCUGUCAAUGAUAACUGCACCUCCCAUUUCGUCGAGAAAAAUGUCAUGCUCUUACUGACUACGCCAACGAAUAUAACUGUUCUUCCUUCAGCAGAUUCAGUCACUCUCGAGUGGUCCGCGAUUUCGAAAGCUUCGAAUUAUCUCCUCACCCUCACCGCAGAAAACGGAGAAGCAACUCAAAUAGAAGUGAGGAUUCCUCAGUAUACCUUUUUUGGCUUAUCAGCUGGAACGCUAUACAAGAUUACCAUCCAAGCGGUCAAUGAAGAGACAAAAUCAGCAGAAGCGCUCAUCGAAACCUACACUAGACUUGACACGCUUUCUCAAGUAGAUCUGAUUGAAAUCGAACCGACAAGUCUGUCCCUCGAAUGGAACACUGUCGACGGCGCAACUGGUUACGAAAUUUCAGUCAAGCAGCAUUAUGAUCAAAAAUUGAAUCUCACGGAAUCUACUUUGCUUUUUCACACAACGAAUAGCAGCUAUCAAGUAACAGGACUUGUUCCUGGUGCAAAAUACAGCUACUCAGUCGCUGGUAAAAAUCUCAAUACGCUUUCCGACGCAGAAGUUUUCACAAUCUACACUGAGCUUGAAAAUAUUCCCGAAGUAGCAGCUGUUCAGGUUCACCAUAAUGACAUGACUGUUUCGUGGGGCUUUGUUCCGAACGCGGUGGAAUAUGUUGUUGAAUUAUCUGAUAGCGCCGGACGACAAAUUCACUCCGAAACUGUCCAAGCUCAAGAAACAGAAUGGAUCGCGAAUUCGAUCGAAUUGAAAAAUCUUCAGCCAGGUGCUUUUUACAACGUCAGUCUUCAAGCUUUCAAUGAUGUUACAAAAUCUAACGUUGCUGUGCUGAGCCACUACACCUUGCUUAACCCAUUCAACCCCCGAGACGUGGUCAUUUUCGAAAAGCGACCAGAAGGAAUUGUUUUCUCUUGGCAACCGAUUGACGGCGCAGAUUCAUACAAAAUUAUAAUUGAUAAGGACUUUGAAUUAACGUAUUUCAUGGACCGCGGUGAGGAAAACCCUCGCGAGCUCAUCACUAACGAGACUUCCUACGAUGUCACCGAUCUACUCCCCGAUACGAAGUACAAAUACGAAUUGAUCGCCUUCAAUCAAAAGACAUUCUCUGAGUCUUUCUACGGCUACGAAGCGACUCUUUUGCCAGAUAUCGAGCUAGCCGAAAUCGUUGAAAAAACUUACGCAAGUUUCAAGGCUCAAUGGUCGAACGUUCCCGGGGCCGCAGAUUAUCUCGUUCAGCUGAGAUAUACAAACGGACAAGUCUUAUUCUUGACGUCCUUGUUCAAGGCUGAAAUUGACCUGCGAUUCGGAUCACUCUUACCUGGCGUUUCGUACACUCUAAGUAUCAUCGGUCGAAAUGAAAUCACGGAGACAAGGUCAAAAUCACUCUCUGUUUGGACUAAACUUUCUCCAAUCAUCAACUUGAGAAGCAACGACGAUGAGCUGCAAGAAGACAAAGUGGUUCUAGAGUGGGAAGAUGUCCCCGGAACAGCCCACUACCACAUUGUCGUUCUCGAAGUUGAAACAGAUGUAGUUGUAUUCACUGAGAACAUCACCGAAAACAAGUAUGAGAGAAGAAAUCUCACGGCAGGGACUAAAUACCAGUUCACGAUCCAUGCUGUAAACGAGUUUACCGAGUCCGACACUGAACAAAUCGCUGUAGCAACACCUCUCUCGAAACCAACUGACUACCAAAUCAGCGUAUUCCACCCUUAUCUCAUCAAAGGCUCAUGGAAACUAGGAGAUGCACUGGCUCCUCGGCACAGGCGAAUCACCUGGCGAUGCGGAACUGAUGAUCCAAAAUACUGCGAUUGUUCCGACUUCGAGGGAUGCCCUGGCCAUUAUGUUUUGAAAAAGAUCCGGGCUGAUGGAGAAAAAUCUUGGACACCCGAAAUGCUCGGCGGCGGAGACGUUAUUGAGGAUUCCAUUCAAUUGGACAAUGACAUGGUUUACAGAAUGUGCAUCCGUGCUGAAAACCCUCAGACUGGCGAGAAUUCUCGGCCAUUUUGCGUCACUCUUAAAACCGGAAUGAUCGCUCAAGAAGCUGCAGAAGACCAGAAGCUGUGCAUCCAACGAGAUGUCAACUGGAUCAAUCCGCUUGAGAUGAUUCCAGCGAUUUUGAACAAUGGCGAAUGGACCUACGAGCAAACUCCUAAAGGAGUCAUUCCAAGUUACAAUGCCGACUUGACCGCAACGUGCAAGAAAAUCGGAAAAGUAUACAGUUGGGACUUGAAAGAUUUUAUCCGAAUUCAUCAAAAAUCUUGCUCACCAGGUUGGAUAAGCAUCGACAACGAUUUCCCUGGAGUAGUUGUCCAAUGCCUUUUCCCAAAACACAAGUCGGGCACGCCUAUCUUUCCAAAAUCAAUGAUCGAAGUCAACUACUGCGAAAAACGAAGCGUAGAUCCGAAACGACCUUGGAUCGCGCUGAGAAACGUUGCUAACGGCGGUCGCUGCGGAUGCCACUAUCUUAAAGCUUGCGAAAGAUGGGACUAUAAGCCUUUCCCUGGCUUUACUGUCCGAAACGCAGCGCCGAUUAUAACGAUGCCGCUUGUGAAAAAUGAGCAGGCUUGCUUGAAAAAGUGCGACGUUCAACGAGAACGAGAAUGCGCAAAGAUUCCGCAAGUAGUAAAAGAGGGAAAGACAAAUUGCGUCUGUAAGAACUGCUGUCUGAUGACCACUUUGUCAACUGAAGACGGUUGCGUUCUCUUCACAUCAUCUCUGAAUCGAACGUCGACGAGAAUCGAAGCGAGGGAUCAGACAACUGUCUUCACGAACUUCCUCGGCGCGCAAGGAUCCCCCGGCUUCCGCCUCCUUGAUUUCACCAACAAUGGGGUGGCAAGGCCGGAAAUGGAUUACGAAGUGACUUUGUCAUUUUCCUACGCUUCCGAAACCUGUGUCAGAAUAAUAUUCGAUCAGAACAACGUUACCGAAGCAGUUUAUCAUGACAUCAUCAUUCGAAAAGGACGAGAUUAUUCGAAAUCAAAACCCUGCAUGGAGACAUAUCCAACAUUGAGCUUCUACCCGGUUGAGCACGUGAUCGAUUAUGAUCUGGAAGAAGGUGAAACAAUCAAGAUUGUUGAAACCUAUUCUUACAGCGACUAUGGCAUUUAUGACAGCAUCGUUGAAAUAACAUCGACGGAUGAUGAUCAAGCCGGUGAUAAUAUCGUAAAAGACCAAAUGAUUCAAAAGAAAAUCGGCAUCAACCAGUUUGGCUGCCAAUAUCCAGCGAUCAAGAUCGAAGGCCCGUGGCUCGCGGACGAGACGAAAACAAUUACGCUUCCGAAGUCGAAGAAAUUGAUUCUUUCGGCAACCAGUGACAUUCAAUGCGAAGUGAAUCCAGGCUACAGUUUCCGCUGGACAGCAAAACUGAUUGGUUUCGACCAUAGCUUCGACAACAUGGUUAUUGACGGAAACAUGACUUUGGAAGAUCACCUUGAGCUCAUCGAAGAGUCUUCCGGAGAUGUCGAAAAUCUGGAAGGCUCUGGCAGUUACAUCGAACUCGUUCUUGCUGAAAAACUUGAAGCUGCUCUGCAGCCACGUGAUUUAAUCGAAGGCUUGUGGAAAGUAACAAUUGAACUGGAAUUCAACGAUUUGGACUUUUUGGUUGAAGACGUUGUCUGGAUAAAUGUCAUUCCAAGUCCACUCGAAAUCGACAUUGAAGGUGGCGAAAAACGAACUGCUGGACAUGGAAAAACCAUUCAAUUUAAAGCUGAUGCAAUUGAUCCAGACGAGUCAAGCUCUGACCAAACCAAAGGAAUUGAAUUUGAGUGGUUUAUUUUGGGUACAAACGCGACAGAAACAAUCCCUAUCGAUGCAUAUUUUGAAGAGCUUUAUGCAAAUCAAAGCCUUUUGCCGUAUCACUGGGAGGACAAACCAACUGAAGAGGGCAAAUUUGAUCUUUCAGACAUGUAUCAAAUUCGAUCUAAAUCCGAAGUCUGGAUCAACACCGACUUCUUUUACAUGAACGAGCCAUUCAAAGUCAUACUCGUCUGCAGCAAGGAUAUUCGAGAGGCGAUUUUCGAGCAGACUGUUACGGCCGUUGCAGGUGAUCCGCCAGAUUUCUUCAUCAAGUGUGUGGAAAACUGCAAGGAUAAAUUGAAUCGAGGCGAAGUUCUUUCUCUUAUGAUAAAAUGCAAAAAUUGUGUUCGCGGAAGAUCGCCUCGAUUUUUCUGGAGCUUCAGUCUUUACGACCUUCCAGAGGAGGAAGAAGAGGAUGAAUACUCUUCAUAUGAUGAGCCCGAUGAGCCAGGAUCAGCAAUCGUUGAUGAUGUUCCAUCCAUGACGGCAACGUUCAACCAGAGAAUUAUGAAAGUCCACAAGAACUAUUUCUUGCCCGGGCGAGAGUAUUCGAUUGACGUUUCUGUAUCUAUGGACGGAUACGACGAAGAACUCGACCAAAUCGUUCGACAAGAGGCUUCCAACCAAAUUGUCCGAAAAGUGAACCUUCCACCAAUUGAUGGUCAUUGCGUUGGAAUCGGAGGCGAAUCUACCUGCGAUUACAUUACCCAAGAGCAAUAUGAACUGGUUCCAAAUGAGAAUGCCACGGUUAUUUUUACCGAAGACAUUCCGGAAGCAGAAUGCUCAGAAGCCUGUUGUUUCGGUGAAGCAAUCAACUGUCUUGGAUAUCAAUUUACCGCAGCUAUCAAUGAAACGAAUGGAAACUGCACCCUUUUCGAUAUUGCCGAGGACGAUGAAAAUGUUGAGCUUCUGUAUGUUCCUGAGGAUUCUUAUUUCAGCCGAUACAAUCGCCGUGUUUUCGCAAAAGUAGAGGCGGUCAAAGGCGAAGUGAGUUUUCAAUGCCAAGACUGGUUUGAUGAAGGAACUUUUCUGAACUACGAGGAAGCUGCUGGUCGCCAGCCUCAGCUUAUGUACCGAUUUACGACAAAACCGAUCAAUGAAUCAAUUGAUCCUUUCCUGCUCUACCACGGUCCGUCCCCUCAAACACCAAAACUCUCCCUCCCGCUCGGCAACAAAGACUUCUUCUUCUUUGGUCUCCGAGUUGUUGCUGAAAUCUGCGAUUUGUACGGAGAAUGUGUUGACUCCAACGAAAUCCUCGUCCAGUCCUUCCCAAUGAUCUCUGUCGACGUGGGCGGAGACUUGAUGAACGCUGUUUCUGGAAAUAGCUCGAAAUUGCUUACAGCAGUGAGCACUAAGAAUCCGAAAAUUGUGGCAUCCAUCACUGGCGCUGUUUCUAGCUAUUUCAUUCAAAACAUUUCGGAUAUUUCGUCCGAUACCUUGAUCACAACAACCGCAGCUUUGACAACCGUGGCGGCCACAACAAGGCGAUUGAUUUUCGCAAACAACAUGCCAACUCCAAAUCCAAUUGUCGAAGGACAGCCAGAAGAGCCACUGUUCGAUCUUUCUCAAGUCGUCGCGAGACCAGUAGAAACUGAUGGAAUCGCAGCGGAAGAAGACUCAGAAGAAAUCGCAAAACAAAAAGCUGAAGAAGCGGAACGAGUCCGUCAGUGGACACUUCAAAUGGCUGCUGAGGCAUCAAACUUCUUGUCAUCCGGUUCUCUCGAAACGCAGAGCUCGCUUUCUCGAAGAAAAAGGCAAGUUCGAGAUUUUAUCCGAAAACGAGCAAGGCGAUCUGCUGAUUAUUUCUACGACGAGUAUCAAGGCGGGUCAGACAAUUCAUCCGAUUAUGAAAUGUACGAAUUCUCUGGAAUUUCCGAACAGCUUUAUGGACCGACUGAAUCGCCAAUUUAUGUCACGACAAUGUCUGCUUAUGAAAAUGAUUUGUCCUUGGAAGUCGAAUCGUCCGUCAAAAAGGGGUUGAAGAAAGAACUGAUGAACGCGAUGGGAAGCAUUGUCGAUGUAAUUGUCUCGCCUGAGUCAUUGAUGCAAGUAUCAGCAGCGGUUUCUACUUUCACUGAGACAGGAGAUGAUUUGGACGACGAAACGCAGCAAAAAGGCGCUGAUAUGGCAGCGUCAAUGACUUCCAAUCUCAAAGGCUUCACUGAAGAAGCGAACAAAGAGCAACUGAGCAAGAUCGGAGGAAAAGUCAUGGCCAGUCUAUCCGGUAUCGUUUCCACUUCGACUCCAGACGAUCAAGUGCUGAAAGAAGACAAGCUCGCCGGAAAAGAGCCGAAUUUCGACCAAAUGGAAAAGCGAGACAUCAACCCGAUAGAAAACGAAUGGAUGAGAAAACUCGCACGACUUGAAAAUCGAAAGAACAUUGCCGAAAAAGCGCCAGCAGCGAAAAAUAUCACCUCAAAGUCCCUUGGCUCUGUUUCUGACCUGACAGGAGCGUUGACUACCAAGCAGAUGGGAGGUGAAGAAGCGACUGAGGUUGAGUCAGGAGAUCUAAGCGUCAACACUCAGAAAAUCAGCGCAGAGGAUGCUUCAGGAGCCCAACUGAGGAACAAAAAUGGCGUUUCCAUCAAACUCCCGGAAAUAUCCGAAGCGACUACAGCCGCGCUUCUCGAGCAGGGUCAAGAAGAACUCGAUAUUCAAAUGUCGACUUUUGGCAAAAACCCGUUCAAAUAUGAUGAUAACGCUUCUCUAGUCAAUUCUGCUGUCACUGUGUUAAACAUGCCGAACGGAACUGAUGAUAUUUUGAAAUCUGGAAUGGGUCUCGCGAUCCCCAAUGAUUUCAGCGCAGAUAAUCAAAUGAUGGAAUUGCAUUUCCCCGACGAGGGAGUUCUGCAAGUCUCUCGUUUCGAAAUCGUCGGCCCCGGUAAUGCCAUUCUGAUGGUUUACGAGCCCCCACAUCUGGAAGACACAACUGUUCAUUAUGAAGUGUUCAUUAGAAACGGAUCUGCGCCGGUUUUAGGAUCAACUCCAGAUGAGCAUAUUUUCGAUUUCAAAUUCUCUUUGCCUUUGAAUCUUGAAAUCUGGGAGAUGGAAAAUCCUGCGAUCGACAAAUACAAAGUUUUCAUCCCAGAGAAUGACAUCGAAUGCGAAGUUUAUCCUUGCAGUUGGUUCGUUGGAAGCAUGUACACUACAUCCAACAUGACUACGCCGCAACAAAAUCGACGAAAACGACGAUCACCUGAUCUUCCUGACACGACGCACCAUCUUUUCCUCUCCACACCAGGCUGCAGAGUGCUCAAUCAAGAAACCGGAAAAUGGUCAAGCAACGGCUGCCAUGUCGACUCUCGAUCAACGCCAGAAUACACCGAGUGCUUCUGCAAGGAUCUCCCUCAAAAAGCCAUUUUCUCUGCUGAAUUCUUCGUCCCUCCCAACAAAAUUGACUUUUCCACAAUUUGGUCAAAAUUCUGCAUAACAUGCAAUGCUGGAGUUUUCAGCUUCGUCAUUGUUUUCCUUGCUCUUUGGCUGAUCGCAGCUUGGUUUAUUUUGAAAAUGGACAAGAACGAUGCCAUCAAGUGGGCUUUGCGAAGUCUCAUUGACAAUCGACGAGAAGACAAGGUACUGUAUCAGAUUUCUGUAACAACCGGUGGCGGAGGCGACUCAUCAACAAAGUCCAAAAUCUAUUUCCGUCUGGAAGGCAUGCGAAAACGAUCUAGAGUUCGAAGGUUAGGCACAACUAAAAACGCUCAGUUAUUUGAGCGCGGUACUAAUAAGCAUUUCCUCAUGCGAGAAGCAGUUGACCUUGGCGAACUAAAAGCUCUUCAAAUAUGGCACGAUAAUUCCGGACGGGGAGCUUUGAAAGGCUGGUACUGCCAACAAGUUGUCGUCACUCAUGUUCAAAGCAACAAACGCUGGUUCUUCAUGAUUCAAGAUUAUCUAGAUGCGGCACGAUCCGAUGGCAAAUGCGAGCGACUCGUCCCCCCAGCUGAUCCCGAUGAGAAGCAAAACUUCAACAAGCUCUUUGCCGCCACAAGUUGGUCGAAACUCUCCGAUGAUCAUAUCUGGCUCUCGACUUUUCAUCGACCAACUAAAUCUAUCUUCAAGCGAAUGGAACGUUGGUCUUGUUGUGCUUGUUUAACCUUUAUUACCAUGCUCACGAACAUGAUGUUCGCUGGACAAGAAGAUAGCUCAGAAAUGAUCAGAAUCGGUCCUUUCCGGUUCUCACCGAGCGCGAUCUACAUUUCCGCCAUUUGCUCCCUCAUCGUUGUUCCUGCUACGCUCAUUCCGAUCACCCUUUUCAAAAAAAGAAAGUCAAAAGCAAACGAUGGCACAGAUAACCGAGCAAAGGGUUUCCUACCUUGGUGGUCAAAAUACGUUGCUUAUGGGCUCAAUUUUUGCGUAACAAUCAUCUGCGCCUUCUUUGUGAUUCUUUACUCAAUGGAUUUUGGAAAGGCAAAAUCUGACAAGUGGCUUCUCAACGAACUCAUGUCCUUCUGUGUUAAUAUCGUUGUAGCUGAACCAAUCAAGGUCGUUUUGAUCAGUAUGUUCAUCGCUUCGAUCCUCCGAAAGCUCGAUCAAUCGUUCUUGGACCUAAUUGAAAACACGGAAAUCGAGCAAGAAGACAAGCGAUUCUUGGAUCUGUGCUGUAUCGAAGACGACUCUGGAGAAGCUCCUCUGAUUACUCCCGCGCCACCAAAUGAAAAUGACCUGAACGCGGCGAAAGAAUUGAGAUACAAAGAAGAAAAAAUGGUCGAAAUCAUUUGGGACAUCAUCGCUUACUUCAUUUACAUCUGUAUCGUGAUCUUCCUUGCUACAGGCAAUCGAGAUCCAAUGGCAUUCGCGCAAAACGAAAACAUCAAAAACAUGCUUUACUACGACAAGUUCGAAAAAGUCGAGUCUGUGGACGAUUUCUGGAACUGGAUAAAUAGCUCUGUCCGGGACAGCAUCUAUCCAACACAUGCAUACAACGGACGAAAACUCAACUGGCGAGAAAGAGCGUUUAUGGAAGAUGGCGCAAGUUUCCGUGUUGGACCGGCGCGAAUUCGCUUGCAGCGCGGCGAUCCAUGGUCUUGUCGCAUGUAUGAUGAAGAAACCGACUUUCCUGGGUCACCUGAGCCGCGAAAACGAUGCGAUCAUGGGGACGAAAUCAAAGGAAAUUACGACACUGGAUGGCACAAUGAGAUUGACGCCAGUACUGUUGACGUCGAUGAUAUUUUCGAACAAGCGUGGAUCUACCGCAGCUGGAAAGAACUCAACGGUGCACCAUUCCAAGGAGACAUCGGAAUCUACAACGGUGGUGGUUAUUCCGCCGAGUUAGGAGUCAACCCUGAGACAUGCUCCGCCAUCGUCAAGUAUCUUCAUCAAAAUGCGUUCAUUUCGCACACAGCUUCAGCGUCUUUUGUCGAGUUCACUAUCUACAACACUGCUUCCAACCUCUUCAGCAAGGUGCAAUUCGUUUCCGAAUGGCUUCCCUCGGGAAAUUCGGUAAACAACUUCAAAAUCGACACUUUCCGACUGUAUCACUACGAAGGAACAGUUGGAUCGAUGAUGGUGGUUGCGCACAUCUUCUUCAUUGCUCACAUGAUUUUCAAAAUCGUCUCGACAAUCAAAGACGGAUUCUGCAAGUUUGGAUUCUGGGGCGUUGUAAAGGACAAUUGGAAGCUUUUCGAAGUUAUAAUGAUCCUUCUGGACAUUUUAAUUCUCAUUUUCUACUCGGUCCGAAUGAUGGUCAGCGACAAACUCAUCGAUCUUUUCAAGGAUGACAAACGCUCCUUCGUGAACUUUGACCCAGUUGUGGCGGCAGAUUCGACGUUAGGUUGGAUCAUUUCUUUUGCGGUUUUCUUUUCCAUUCUCAAAUUUGGCAAGUUGCUUCGAUUCAAUCAACGAAUUGAAAUGCUUUCUUCCGUUAUCAAGAAGAUCGGACAGGAGUGGUCGGGAUUCUUUGUGAUGUUCAUGACAGUUCUGAUGAGCUUCUUGUCCAUGGCAAUGAUUAUGUGGAACAAGUACUCAAGCUACUUCUCAAACAUCAUCCGCGGAUCUGAAACCCUCCUUGACGGAAUGCUGGGCGGUUUGCUCUAUAAAACUUUGACGGAGCGAUAUCCUGUCUUCGGUGCCUGGUAUUACCUAUUCUUCUGUUUCACGAUGAUGUUCCUUAUUUUGAACGUACUCGUCGCGAUUAUCAACACUUCAUGCGAGUUGGGAAGUGAAGAGCUUUUGAGCAAAUCGAAUGAGUUUGAAAUAAUGGAAUUCAUGAUGAAAUCGUUCAAAACGAAAAUUUCCUGGCUCUCUGGAGAACAAGCCGAUCCAGAAGUAGACGAUGUUACUGCUGAAGUCCAGCUUAGAGUUGAAAAACUCAAGAGCUCAAGAAUUAACAGACUGCAGAAACAAGAAGCUGAAGCAAUGAGCACUUUUGAAAAAUCGAUGAAAGCGCUGAAACGACUCGACAACGUCAACUUCGAGAGGAGCCUUGGUAUCAACCCGGAAAUGAAGUACAAAGCAUCGACUUUACGAAGACGACCCUCCAAGUAA